UCAUGCUAACUGAGGUCUUGGAUUGGCCGACGCCGUUGUAGACCCGUCACCGGCUGGGCCGGGUUGAAGGUGUGCGCCGCCGAGAAGCAACCAACCUCCGACAUCCUCCGAUCCCCAUCCCAUCUUCCCCUCUCUUCUCUUCUCAGAAGGUCGGAAAGAAGCAGACGCCUCUCUCUCUCCAACUCUCUCUUUUCUCCCAUCCGCAGUGCUAGAUCCAUCCUCCUCCCGAGAGCGGUGGUGGUGAGAUGAUGGGUAUAUACUCCAUCCUCAUUGCCUUCCCGUGCGCGGCGGGCGCCAUGGCUCUGGCGAUGCGUCACAUAUAUCGGCAUCUCCUGAACUACACGGAGCCCAUCUAUCAGCGCUACAUGGUCCGCAUCAUCUUCAUGGUUCCGGUCUAUGCGCUGAUGUCAUUCCUGUCCCUCGUCUUUAAUAAAAAUUCCAUUUAUUUUGAUUCAAUCCGGGAAGUUUAUGAAGCUUGGGUCAUUUACAAUUUUCUAUCACUCUGCCUGGCAUGGGUAGGAGGCCCUGGAGCUGUUGUUCUGAAUUUAAGUGGCCAGGUUCUGAAGCCAUCAUGGUGCCUGAUGACCUGCUGUUUCCCUGCUGUUCCCCUUGAUGGAUAUUUUAUACGGAGGUGUAAGCAGGGUACUUUGCAGUUCGUGAUCCUGAAGCCCAUCUUAGUCUUAAUCACCUUUGUAUUCUACGCUAAAGGAAAAUAUGAAGAUGGAAAUUUCAGUACAGAUAAAGCAUAUCUUUAUAUUACAGUCAUCUACACUAUCUCAUAUUCAGUGGCAUUAUAUGCUCUUGCCUUGUUCUAUGUGGCAUGCAGAGAUCUACUUCGACCAUUUAAUCCAGUCCCAAAGUUUAUAAUGAUCAAAUCCGUUGUUUUUCUCACAUAUUGGCAGGGUGUCUUGGUCUUUCUUGCUGCCAAGUCGGGCUUCAUAAAAAGUGCAGAAGAAGCUGCUGAUUUCCAAAAUUUCAUCUUAUGCAUUGAGAUGCUUAUUGCAGCUGUUGGUCACUUAUAUGCCUUUCCUUACAAAGAGUAUGCAGGUGCUGAUAUCGGUGCAGCUGGUGGUUUGUUGGGAAGCCUUGGUCAUGCCUUGAAGUUCAGUGAUGUCUACCAUGAUACGGUUCACCAGUUUGCUCCUACGUACCAUGAUUAUGUGCUUUAUAGUAAUAAUGAAUGGGAUGAGGAAGCGAGGCCGUACCAAACGCGCACAUUUGGACUGGAAAUGGAAGCUUUGCCUGGGAACAACCAAAUGGUUGGGAGAAAGAUUGAUGAUAUAGAGCAGUCUAUUGUCUCUUCAUCUGGCUCCAGUAGUCCAAAGAUAUCGAGCACACAGGACCCCACAAAUCCAGAAGCAAUUAAAUCUUCAUCGCUCAAUGAAAGUACUUCAGCUACACAGUCGAUUAAUUUCUCAAUGCUAUUGGACAGAGAUCUGUCAAACCCUGCUGAAGUUGCUUCUGCUGACGAGUCAAAUAAAUGAUCUUGAAUGAACGUGAACAUCUAAUGACAGAAUAUCCAGAUGGCCAUUUUCAUGAUCAUGCCUAGAAAUACACUUUUUCAGUUGGCUAGGAGCGUGCCAAGUCAAUUUUAUGCUGACAUAUGUAUAUCUUGAUUUUUGCUAGUUCAAUAGGCUUAUAGAUAAAGAGAAUGCCUGGCUCUGGUUGCUUUACAUAGUUUGUAAAUAUUAACAACUGUUGUUGUAUUUGUGAUUUAUGUAUGCCCAUCAUUUCCUUGAUCUUAGUUUCUAAUGUUGGUCA